CAUGUUCGCGGUUCAGGUGGAAUCUUACAAAUCGCGGGUACCGACAACCACAACAUACCGAAAGAAAGGAGAAUUUACGGAAAGAAUAUCCCCUCAAAGUCCUUUAUUCCUUGGUAAAAAUGUUAUCAAACUAGAUGGCCAGGCCAGGGGAGGAGUGAUAACAUUUGACCAAAAUGUCUGAAAUUGAAAAGCUGCAAGAAGAAAUCAACUUCUUGAAAAAGAAGCUGUUCAAGAGUGAGAGUGACCUGAAGGGCAGUUUGGAACGAGUUGCAAGCUUCCGGGAGAAAUAUGAGAAAGGAUUGAGUUACAACAAAGAGCUGGAAUCACAGUUGAAGAAGCUGAGCCAAGAGAUUCAGCUAUACCGUUCUAAAGAGAAAGAUGGUGUCUCAAUUGGGAUUCAAGUGGCUGACUCCGACCCAGAACUUGUCUCCGCCAAGCUGGUUGUGAAAACUGAUGCAGGGAGGAUCCCCACUGAUAUUGACAUGGCGCCUUCAGUUCCUGUAAAGGCAGAGGUGGAAGUCAAUAUUGCCGAUAAACAGGUUGAACCAAUGUCUCUUGCCGAGAGCCUGAAGGCAGCUGCUGAGGAAGUGGUCCAAAAUAGUGGUUACGUGUUUGAUGAAAAAUCAGGGAUGUAUUAUGACUACAAUACAGGAUAUUAUUAUGACAACGAAAAGGCCCUGUAUUAUGACCCAGCAUCUGGAACGUACUUCUACUAUGACCACGCUGCCUCUGAGUACAAGUUCCAUUCUCAAGUAAGCGCGCAUCAGUAUACAACCGACAGUCAUUACACUGACUUGGACGCUGCCAGUGGUGGGAAGGAUGACAGUUCCAGGAAAGCUGAUGGGAGAGAGAGGGAUUUAUUGAGCAGCAAGUCGCGACAUCGAAGGAAAGCUGAUGUUCCAGAUGAGCAGGAGUGGAAUGGCAGGGAAUUCAAACACAAGAAAAAGAAGUCCCACAAACGAGACGGAGAGAAUGAAAAACAUAAAAAGAAAAAGAAGAAGCGAGAGAGGAAUGAGGAUGAUAUACGGAGGCAUAGAAAGAAGCGAAAACGAGAAAAGGAAGACAGAGAUGAGAAGUCUUCGAAGAGGAAGAAGAAGAGCACCAAGCAGGAGAAAAAAGAGAAGAAAAGAGAUAACACAGGAGAAAAUGACAAGCAAGAUAAAGUAGUGGGAAUAGAACAGUCUGACAGUAGAAAAGACAAUGAUGAUAAUGAUGCAGAGCCUAAAUGCAAGGAAGCGUGUGAUAUUGACGAUGCUAAAGGUAAAAGCAAAGAUAGGGAAUUUGGUCAUCGUAAACUAGAUAGAAGUAAAAAACGUGAGGAAUUGAUUAGUAAAAACUCUGGAAAAGCUGGUCAUGAUUAUAAGGAUUGUGAUAUUUUUGGAGACAUUGUGCUCAAAAAGGAGAGUAAAACAGGACCGAUGAUUGUUGAUGUUCAUGACAGUCCUGAAAGAAAUGAAAAGACUCCUCAAGUGGAACGGAAGGAAAUGGAACUCAUUGAGAUCAGUUCCAGUGAGAGUGAUCUAGAGGAAGGGGAGAUUAGUGAUAUAACUACAAUAUCAUCUUCUUCAUCAUCGGUGUCUUCUUCUUGUGAGGAAGAGUCUGAUUUAGAAACGGAUCCUCCAAUGAUUGUGGAAGAGGAAAACAGCAAAGCCUGGCCGCCUUGUAUCCGUGCCAUGGUAAAGAGUUCAGAUAAAUUGGACCGAGGCAGCUUAUUCCUGGUGACUUGUACUGGUGCUACUAUUGGCAGAGAGAAAGAUCUUGGCCAUACUAUACUCAUAGAAGAUGUCUUGAUCUCCAAGAUGCAUGCUGAACUGAAGUACAAUGAAGAGUUCAAACGCUAUGUUGUGAUUGACCAUGCCAGUCAGAAUGGCACGUUUGUGAAUGGUGAUCGUGUCUGUGAGCCAAAGGUGAUGGGUGAAGCAAAGACAUUGUUUCAUGGUGAUGAGUUGAGGGUCGGAAGCACCACUCUUGAGCUCCACAUCCACCCUGGGACUGACACAUGUGAGGGCUGUGAGCCUGGCCUGGUCCUAGCACAGAUAAAACAGGAAGAAAAACAUGCUGCUGCUGAUGCAAAGGUUCUUGGUAAAGAAGAAAAAGAAUUACUUCGGCGAAAACAGCUAAAAAAUAUUAAGAGAAAGUUUGGCCUUGAAAACUUAAGCUAUGUGGAUGACAUGUCUGCAAUUAACAACCCGAAAUACCAAGACAAGGCAACAGAGAGGAGAAGGACAAAAGGCAGUGAUAAUCCGUAUCAGAAGGAUGAUGCACCAGCUUCAGUGGACAGAGCUAUAUCACAUGAGAACAAAGGUCACAAACUGCUCCAGAAGAUGGGUUGGUCAGAAGGAGAGAGUCUGGGAAAAUCCAAACAAAAAGGACUCAAGGAACCCAUAAAAGUCAACAUCCGAAGCACUCCCCAAGCUGGCCUUGGCUCGGGAUUGAAUAUUGCAACAUCCCUCGAUAAUGUGCAUGAUGUUAAAAAGAGGGAGCUUUGGUCGAAGAUGCAACAGAGGUACACCAAAGUUGAAGGCCAGAAAGAACCAGCACCAGUAUCUGAUCAUGGGGGUUGGGUCAGUGGUGGAGUUGUUAUGGACGCUUCUCUAGAUGAUUCACAAACAGAGACAACUGCACAACCGGAGGACGUUAGUGGUGAUGUUGAUAAGGAUUUAGGGGUUCAAGCAGGAACUUCUGGUGUUCUAGAAAUCCAAGAAACAGACAUCCUUUAUUUGUGAUUUGUGUAAGAACAGAUGUAUGUUACACAUGAAGGAAUACACUAGCGUCAUUGUUUUUGA